AUGCUUCGGGUUGCCUUCCUGCGUCUCCAUCACACAAUUGCUGCUGCUGGCACCAUGACUGGAGUGUCUACAGUCUCGUUCUCUGAACUACGCUCACUCCUGGCCUCAGGCAGGGCCCGGCUCUUCGAUGUUCGAUCUCGGGAGGAGGCAGAAGCUGGUACCAUCCCCGGGGCACUCAACAUCCCUGUGUCUGAGCUGGAAAUCGCCUUGACCAUGGACCCAGCUGCUUUCCAAGCCUUGUACAGUGCUGAGAAGCCAAAGCUGGAAGACAAGAAUCUUGUUUUCUUCUGUCAGAUGGGCAAGCGGGGCUUCCAGGCCACACAGCUGGCACAAGGUCUUGGAUACACAGGGGCUCGACACUAUGCUGGGGCCUAUCAGGAAUGGCUGGAGAAAGAGGGCUAGGUGGAAGGCUUA